AUGGUUCCCUCGGACUCGCAUGAUCUGGGCGAUUCCUGGAUAGAAGUCACUCCACAAAGUUUGGGUUACAACCAAAAUGGUUCUAGUUAUUCAGGUUCCCAGGAGCCUGGGGGCCUCCAUACCAUAGUUGAAGAAAGGUUACUAAGUCUCUUCCUCUCAGAAGCCCAAGAACAUUCAGACAGAGCAAGCGAUGGUUCUCUGCCUAGCCCAUUAUCACACGACGAACUUCACAGUGGUGAUACAUCUGAACAGUCUCACUCUACGUAUCAAAAUAUAAGUAUGGCCAAAUUCCCCACUGCGAGUUUUCCAACUGACUUUCCAGUUACAAGCUCUGGAGAAUGGGCUAGUCGACCUGAAAUUGGAGCGUACACUGCACUGGCAUGUCAGACAAAUGAUUCUAAAGAAAGCGUAUCCAGUCCUCCUAAUCGCUCAUCUCCAAUUACCGGCUCGUGGUAUCUACGCAACUCGGCUUUUAUGAAAUCGCGUUUCAUUGGUUGGUUGCUUGAUCAUAUUCCAAAUAUAUUAAGCCAUGCGACUACAUUCCUGUUGGGAGCAAUUACCAUGCUUUUAUUCAUCCGAAAACGUGCAAGGUUCACAAAAGUACUAAACAUACCUUUGGAUUAA